CGCGGGAAUUUUAUUUGAUGAUGAGGAUGAGACUUUAUGGAUGGCAAAAGAUAACUUGUUGUCGAGAGAAUGGGGAUCAGACGACAGACUAACCAAUACGGCACAGUUUUAUGGUUUACACUACUCUUGUUAAGUGUGUGUUCAGUGUUAAGUGAAACAGGAUGCAGUAAACAGUUCUCCAUUGAGACUGUUGGAUUCCACACAGUUGUGAAAGGGGAUAAUGCCUUGGUCUUGUAUACUGACAUUUUUAAUGGUGGAAAUGUGACUGUUCAUGUGAAGAUUAUUGUGAAGAAAUGUUGUUUAUUUCUACCUGGAGAAAUAUUCUGCAAGGGCAUGAAGCUGAUAGGAAAUCAUCAAGGAGAUGUUCAGCCAUCAAAAUCAAAGCAGUUCAAUUUUGUGUAUCCUACACUGUAUCCUUACGAUCGUAAAGGAGAGUGCGACCUGCUCGUUUCAGCCAACACUUCCUGUGACAUGAACUACCAAGAAGUUACUAUCCCAUUCGAUACACGAGUACAAAUGGACUGGUGGACUGACUGGUUGCCACACUCUGUACAAACUGUACUGUUUGGUGUUGGUGUACGAGACUGCCGAGGAGUUGAUGAAGACAGACUUAGAUUGUGUGUUCCUGUCAACUGUCAACUCAAGUAUGGAGGGACUCGUAAUUUCUUCAAUUCCACAGAAAGAAAAUGUAUGGCAGUACCGAAGUGUGGAACACAGCUGUAUGACCCAGUGAGCAAUGAAUGUAGAGAGCCUACUGACCACCUAAAUAAGGAGAUAUAUAUUCAGGUAUUUAACAAGUCCAGACUCCAAACCACAUCAGAAGAGGCCAAGAAUCCUAACUGGAGAACUCUGGUUGGUCCAAGACUGGACUGUGGCCACGGCCAGCUGUCGCAUGACAAUCUAGACUGCAAGUGUGACCAACAUUGGACAACUCAUACCAAAAAGUUGAGAGGACAAGGGGAGAUCACUGCCAUGUGUAAUGUCUACCACAAGGUUGCAAGGACAUCGAAGAUGAGUCUUGUUAUAAUAUUUGCUUCCUCUGUGCUAUUUUUGAUGGCCGUGGUGGUGAUAUGUCUGUAUGUUAGGGCAAGAUCACUUGAAAAACGCACCUACCAGCCAGGUACAUGUUCAACUGAAAAGGAGUCAUGCUUUCCCAUACUUCACAACAACUGGAAGUCCUUAGCUGGAACUAGUAAAGAGACAAGUCACAUGAUGGGUCAUGUGACAGGUGCUGAUCACAAUAGUCCUUUAGCUGCUGAGGAGGACAGUCAAGAUGAAAUCUAAG